CCUUGGCCCUAAGCAGCUACCUGUUCUACAGGUGUGGAUCCAUGGGGUAGCCCCAGCGCGUCUGCCCUCCGCCCCAGCCAGCUCAUGGGCCACCCGGCCCUGCCCAGCCUCAGCACCCGAGGCCAGUGAGCAGAACCCUGGCUGGAGUCCAAAUAUGUGGGGCCUGGUGAGGCUCCUGCUGGCUUGGCUGGGUGGCUGGGGCUGCAUGGGGCGUCUGGCAGCUCCAGUCCGGGCCUGGGCAGGGUCCCGGGGGCGCCCAGGGCCUGCACUGCUUCGGACCAGAAGGAGCUGGGUCUGGAAUCAGUUCUUCGUCAUUGAGGAAUAUGCCGGCCCAGAGCCCGUCCUUAUUGGCAAGCUGCACUCAGAUGUGGACCGGGGCGAGGGCCGCACCAAAUACCUGCUGACCGGGGAGGGAGCAGGCACUGUGUUUGUGAUCGACGAGGCUACAGGCAAUAUCCAUGUCACCAAGAGCCUGGACCGGGAAGAAAAGGCACAGUAUGUGCUGCUCGCCCAGGCCGUGGACCGUGCCUCCAACAGGCCCCUGGAGCCACCCUCAGAGUUCAUCAUCAAAGUGCAAGACAUCAACGACAACCCGCCUGUGUUCCCCCUGGGGCCCUACCAUGCCACAGUGCCUGAGAUGUCCAACGUGGGGACAUCAGUGAUCCAGGUGACUGCUCAUGACGCUGAUGACCCCAGCUAUGGAAACAGUGCCAAGCUGGUGUACACUGUGCUGGACGGACUGCCCUUCUUCUCUGUGGACCCCCAGACCGGAGUGGUGCGAACCGCCAUCCCCAACAUGGACCGGGAGACGCAGGAGGAGUUCUUAGUGGUGAUCCAGGCCAAGGACAUGGGCGGCCACAUGGGGGGGCUGUCGGGCAGCACGACCGUGACCGUAACCCUCAGCGAUGUCAACGACAACCCCCCCAAGUUCCCUCAGAGCCUGUACCAGUUUUCUGUGGUGGAGACGGCUGAGCCUGGCACUGUGGUGGGCCGGCUGCAGGCCCAGGACCCAGACCUGGGAGACAACGCCCUCAUGGCGUACAGCAUCCUGGACGGGGAAGGGUCGGAGGCCUUCAGCAUCAGCACCGACUCCCAGGGCCGAGAUGGGCUCCUCACUGUCCGUAAGCCCUUAGACUUCGAGACCCGCCACUCCUACUCCUUCCGUGUGGAGGCCACCAACACACUCAUUGACCCAGCCUACCUGCGUCGAGGGCCCUUCAAGGACGUGGCCUCAGUACGAGUGGCCGUGCAGGAUGCCCCGGAGCCACCCACCUUCACCCAGGCCGCCUACCAGCUGGCAGUGCUGGAGAAUAAGGCUCCUGGGACCCUGGUGGGCCGGAUCUCGGCCAUGGACCUGGACUCCCCAGCCAGCCCCAUCAGAUACUCCAUCCUCCCCCACUCGGAUCCAGAGCGUUGCUUCUCCAUCGAGCCCGAAGAUGGCACCAUCAGAACAGCAGCGCCCCUGGACCGUGAGGCUCGUGUCUGGCACAACCUCACUGUGCUGGCCACAGAGCUCGACAGCUCUGCACAGGCCUCCCGUGUCCAAGUGGCCAUCCAGACCCUGGAUGAAAAUGACAAUGCUCCUCAGCUGGCUGAGCCCUAUGACACCUUUGUAUGUGAUUCUGCAGCCCCCGGCCAGCUGAUUCAGGUCAUCCGGGCCCUGGACAGAGACGAAGUUGGCAACAGUAGCCGAGUCUCCCUUCAAAGUCCUCUGGGCCCUGAUGCCAACUUUACUGUCCAAGACAACCGAGAUGGCUCCGCCAGCCUCCUGCUGCCUUCCCGCCCUGCUCCGCCCCGCCAGGCCCCAUACCUGGUUCCCAUAGAACUGUGGGACUGGGGGCAGCCAGCGCUGAGCAGCACAGCCACAGUGACUGUCAGCGUGUGCCGCUGCCGACCGGAUGGCUCUGUGGCAUCCUGCCGGGCCGAAGCUCAGCUCUCACCCACUGGGCUCAGCACUGGUGCCCUGCUUGCCAUCAUCACCUGUGUGGGCACCCUGCUUGCCCUCGCGGUGCUCUUCGUGGCCCUGCGGCGGCAGAAGCAGGAGGCGCUGAUGGUCCUGGAGGAGGAGGAUGUCCGCGAGAACAUCAUUACCUACGACGACGAGGGCGGCGGGCCCCGCCGACGUGGCGCAGCUGCUGGCGCUGCGGCUGCGCGAGGCGGAUGAGGACCCUGGGGUGCCCCCCUAUGACUCAGUGCAGGUGUACGGCUACGAGGGCCGCGGCUCCUCCUGCGGCUCUCUCAGCUCGCUGGGCUCCGGUAGCGAGGCGGGUGGCGCCCCUGGCCCCUCGGAGCCGCUGGACGACUGGGGCCCGCUCUUCCGCACCCUAGCUGAGUUGUACGGGGCCAAGGAGCCCCCGGGCCCCUGAGCCGCGGGCAGCCCUUCCAGGCCCUCUGAGUGAGCCCCAGGGUCCAGCAGGCGGCAGCAGCCCAGGGGCCAGCGUCCCCGCCCGUGCCCCUCCUCCCUUCCCGGGGCGUCCUCGCUCUGACCCCCCCUACCCCUGAGUCGUCUGUGUGCCCCUCCAGGGAUCUCUGUCUGUCUGUGGCGCUCUGUCCAGGUCUGGGUUCUGUGGCCCUGACCCUGACCUUCUGCUCUCUCACUGUGACCCCUUAUCUGCGGCCGUUUUUGUCUCCUCGUCCGGGUCCCCCUGCCACCGUGCUGUGUGUCCCCGCAGCCCCCUCCUUUCCUCCGGGUCCCUGUACCUGGUCCUUUGGGUUUUUCGGUUGUUGUUGCCGUCCAUCCUAAAGCAAGAAAAACUUCCGGCCACUGCUGCCCACCCUCCUGCCGGGGAGACUCUGCCCCAGACCUGCCCGCAUGGUUCCAUCCAUCACUCACGGCCUCAUCCUGGCUCGGCCUCCAGCUGGAGGGAGCCGCCCUGAGGCGAGCAAGAGCUUCAGCCCCCACUCGCGGCCUCCCUGGAGCUCUGCCCAGCUGUCAGCCUGCCCUUGGCGCCCAGCGCUGGGCAUUGUCUUGUGUGCUUCCCAGGCCCCCAGGGACGGGGAGAAGGAAAGAAGGAGGCAGCUGGGGAAGGGGAGAGAGGGAAGAAGGGGAGGGGCCUUCAUCUCUAAUUUCAUAAUAAACAAACACUUUAUUUUGUAAAGCCUGA